AGAAAUUAAGCAAAAUAGAGAAAAGACACAAAUUCUAAAUCUUCCCAACAAGAUUUUUCAUAAACAAAUUACUUUUCAAAAAAAGUUUGUGUGUGUGAAAAUAAUCAUGCGUGAAACAUAAAAUUUCGUGAUCGCGUAACAUCGCCCUUGUGGACAUGUAAACAAGAGGUCGCUACCUUGACAUCUGCAAUCUCCCAACCGGAUCGACUACACCAUGGUGUUGCUCAUUUCAAUUUAGGAGGAUAGAUCCUAGUUCCAAUUGACGAUGCAGAGAAAGAAUAUUCAGUCACAAAGAUGAGAAACUGACUUGAAAUUGUGGAAGUUAUGUGGUGAUUGAUGUGAAUUUGUGCUAUGGAAGAAGCAGGAAUGAUAAAAUUCAUUGAUCAAUACAAAGGAAUGUUUUCAAAGGAGAUCCCAACUAAAAUAGUAUGGUUAAGCCCUUUCAAUGACGGUCACACUCGACCAGAGAAAAGCUUAGAGAUCCCCUAUUGUGACAGUUACAAACCUGUUCGACCAAGAUCAGCCUACAUAAAUAUAAACAGCAAAAUGGUUGACCAGCUGGAACAUGAAAAUUUAAUCGAUAUUUUGAAAUCACUGGAACGAAGAACAGGCAAUGCUCCAGUCAGACAUCAUCAAAACCUUGAAGUGUCUCUUCUUAACUCACUGCAUGAUAUAUAUGAUGACCAGAAACCUAAAGUUGUAACUUUGAAAGUCAAACAUAAUAAAUUCAAAACUCAAAAGGAGGCAUGGGCGGUUAAUGUAGAACAAGAUAAGCCACAUAAAGGUAAAAAAAGAGACAAUGUCUAUUACCAUAAUAAUUUUUGGCCAAAUGACAUACAUUAUUCGAGUAGAGAGGAAUCACGACCUGAACAGUUUAUGUCCAUCAUCAACACAAUUGAAAACUCAAAUAGAAGCAUUCAAGACACUAUGCGUUAUAUAAAUAAACCUGGGAAUGAACUAUUGAAGAGGUACUCUCCAAUUCCUGUUACAAACAUCGAGUUUCAAGAAAGCCUUCAUCAAAAGAGAUUCACGGAACGGAAACGAGCCUGCCGCAGUGCACCUGUCAAUCGGGAUUUGUUUUAUGUGAAACGUUACCAAGAAAGUCUGGCUAGAUAUCAAAAUUUUUGUUUGCAACCUAUUAAGACACCAUUUUUAACACCACAACAAGGUGUAAAUAAAGAAAACGUAAAUUGUAUGCAUGAAGGUGAGAUCUAUUCGUUGUCACAAAUUCAAAAUCAUCAACAUGAAGUUGAAUUCAGUGUUCCACCUUCACAAGAAACAUCAAAAGGAGAACGAAAUUAUGAGUUCAAUUUGUUGCACGGACCAGCUGUCGUCGAUAACAAGAAUAGUUCGAUCCAUCAAAACAAUGAUUUCGGUAGAAAUGAUACCAGUAAAAAGGUCAACAUAAUUGAAAGUGACGACACCGAAAAGAAUGACGAUGACCCCAGUAUAAAUAGGAUCGCUGACAAAAAUGGCAGUGUGAGUUACCGUAACGGCAUCGAUAGAAAUAACAACAACUUUAGUCUAAAUAUCAAUAAACGUGGCGACACCAUGAUAAAUGAUGAUGUCUUAAAUGACAUCCUAGAUAAAAAUGACCACGUCAGUAAAAGUACCAGCAUUAAUUUCCAGAAACAAGUAAAGCAUAAACAGCAUCACCCAGCAGCACACAAUGGGGCUGACAACGAAAGCGAAACCCAUCAUAAUGACUUCAUAAACAAGAGGCCUGAAAUAAGCAUUUUUAUAUCAGAAGACGAGACACAGUCGCAGUAUAGUAGCUCGUUACCAAUUAACCUUACACAAUCGGCACAGUAUGAUUUGGAUGGUAAAGAAGUUUUGUUUAUAGAAAAUUUAGAUUCGGAUAAUUUUGCUUCUGAAACACAUCAAACGGAAGGAAAUCGAACGCAGUUGGUUCGAACAAAGCUUGAGAAGAAUGUUCUUCCUGCGAAAUCUGAAUCAGACAAUUCAGCAGAACUUGAGCAGGAAGAUGCUGUCACUCUUCAGAAGUUCAAUAUCGACACACGACUUAUGAAAUCCUCACAGGAAGAGGGGAUGCCUACUAUUAGCUCUAAAAAUGCAAACAAUUCACCGAACGUGAAAAAUGACCUAACAAGACUACUAAACUCGUCUGGACAACCGACCUCGACAACUUUAAGUCGCCCAGUAUCUUCAAAUGGCCUGCUUACUGAGUCUGCCCGAAGUAUAUCUUUAAGAGAUUUAAGUAAAAUAUCGUUAGAACAGCCAGGUUCUCCUGCGCAGCGUAAAAAGUCAUCUACAAGAAGAAUAAAGAGUGCAAACAGUCAAGCCAAAAAAGCGAGUAAACAAAACCGAUCCAUUAGCAAAUCUGCGCGAAAGGGAAAUGUAUCCACUGUAGAAAAAGGUCUCGCAAUGGAAAGGAAAUUGGAUGAGGAAAAGCUCAGAUAUCUUAACGAAGAAGAAGAAAAUCAUAAAAAGGAAAGUGAAGAGCUUCAAGGUGAAGAGAAGCUACUGUUGGAAAAUAAAAAGCAGAUGGAAGAUUCUUCAGAGCUGUUGAAACAAAAAGAAAUGGAGUUAAAGAUAGCUUUAGAAGAAAAAAAGAAAAAUACUGUUGAAGAAAGAAAGAGAAGACGAGCGGAAGAAGCAGAGAAACGACGAUUAGAAGUUGCACGCCGCCGUGAAGAAAAGAGACUCGCAGAUAUCGAGUUAGCUAAAAAGAACGAAGAAUUACAAAAUUUAGCACGGGAAGAACGUGAAAAAGCUGAAGUCUUGCAAGCUGAACUCGAUCGACUUAAGGAGGAGGAUAAGAGAAGAGAAGAAGAAGAAAAGUUGCUGGAGAAUGAAAGAGAAAAAGAGCGUCAAAAAGAAAAAGUACGGAUGGCAGCUGAAGCUGCAGCACGUGAAGAGGCUGAACUGAAACGUUUACAAGAAGAACGACUUGAAAGAGAAGAACUUUUAAAACAAGCAGAAUUGAAAUUGAAACUAUUGCAGAUGGAAAAAGAGCGUCAAGAAGAAAUAAAAAGAAUGGAGUUACUUCGCAUUGAAGAGGAGAAGAAUCUUCUAAAACGUCGCGAGCAAGAAAGACUUGCUGAGGAAGAAAGAAAACGAAUUGAAGCCCAACGGCUGGAGGAGGAAGCUCUAACAAACGCCAUGUUGGAAAUCGAAAGAAAAAGGGCGGCAUUGUUGAGUAGGCGAGCCAAUAACAUCGAAAAAAGACGGAGCUUGAGUGCCAGCAAGCGUAACCAACUUCUUACCAGAUCCCGAACAUUUUCGUAUUUUGUAAAGGUGCCAAGAGAAGUAUGGGAAUUACCUAUAGGUUGGCAAAAGAAACCGAAAUACAAAGCUGGAGGAGGAAAAUUUAAAGUUUCCUAGACGGGAAUUAUUUUUAACUCUACCAUGCAGACAAGCGUGGUAAACUAGUUACGAGGCUUCGCUAAACAUCUUUAUAUAACAAACGAAAUACUAAGAAAAUUUGCUUUUGUUAGUCGAUUGUCUACUUUUUCACGGUUCUCUGAAAAAUAUUCUUAAAUUCCAAAAUUUUCACGGCGCGAAUCGUCCUACGAUGAAAAUUCUUUGAUUACGAAAGUUAUAUCCUGACUAGUAAACACAGGAUAAGUAAUAUAACUACGUAAUAAAUGUUUUCUCUUCAAAUACAAACCCUCUUAUUAGAAAAACCAAUAUUUUUUCUUAUUUCUUAAUUAUGCAAAAAUUAAGACGUUUGUUUGUAUUUAGUUAAGUUUAGAAUUGUUGCAUUUUUUAUUGAUUUUUUAAGUUUGUUUUUAUUUCAUACUUUUUAUAUUUUUUAUGGAAUAUUUUUAUGUACAUUUUUUUAUUUUCAUUUUUUACGAGAAAUUAUUUAUUCCUUUAUUUAAUCACAACUUCGAACCCAGAUGUCAUAAUAAAAAUAAACGCCAAACAGAUUGGGUACGAAGUUGGUAGCGUUUGUAAUUUUUUUAAGAAUUUACUUUGUAAGUUAUGAAAUAGUUUGUGUAAUAUAAAUUAAAAUGAG